AUGUUCCCCUCGUCAGCGGCGAUGCUGAAGAAUCUGCAGCAAAGUGCCAUGACCUCGCCUUUCUUGAUGGAGAACUUGCUCCAGAGCAAGGCGUCGCCGGGGACAGACCUUACCAGUCUGACCUUGAACUGGGCGGCGAGUCUGGUGGCACGACAACGUGAGAGAGAGUGCGAGGCGAAUCUCAGACUUGUCCGCGACCGAUCUCCCAGCGAUCUCGUCCAGGAUCACCUGGAUCAACGAUCCGGCUCGGUCGGCGGACGCGAUCGCAUGAUCGAUUGCGGCGGCCGGGAUCAGCAGAGAUCCAGCGGCGGUAGAUCCGCCGGCGAGCGACAGCACGACAGGAUGCAGCUUCUUCAGCGCGAGAAGGAGGUUCUAGAUCGGACUCAGAGCGUCUACGUGGACAUGGAGAACGAGAGGAUGGACGGCCCAGUCGUGGACCGGCUGUGCGCGAUGGAGAGGCUUUGCAACGAGAGGAUCGACAAUCGAUCCAACUCAGGCGUGGAAUCGUGCAACUCGAACGUCGACGAGGAUCCGAUCCCGGGCGCCGAGCUGGACGGCGGUCUUCAAGCGGCCGACAGGGAUGAGAUGAUACUGGGCGAGCGAGUCUCCGCGAUCGAGAUAGACAGACGAUACGACCUUGGAUGCAGAAAUGUCAUGCACAUGUCCGACGAGAUGACGAUCGUAUCGGGAGAGAGGGAGACGACGGUGACGGCGGUCGAGCGUGCCGUCGACAGAAUAGGCGAGAGGACCACGAACGCCGUCGCCUGUUCCUGCGGCGAGGAGCAGUGCUCCGGUCCGGCAUGCAGGACCAUCCAGGAGAAGGAGAAGCCGCAGCUCAAGUUCAGCGUUAGCGCCAUACUCGGUGGCAAUCACGAUAGGAGACCGCAUCCCGAUAAUUUUCAAGGACUUCCGCCGGAAGCGAUACCCGCCUUUUUGCAGAAUCUACAAAAUUCGGCAGGUUACAAUAUCGCCAAGCCAAUCGCGAGACCAGCGGCUUAUCAUCCUUAUCACAGGCCGAGUCAUCAACCACCUCAACGGCACUUGCCACCGAACGCUCAUCACACGCUGCAACAACUGUUCUACAGGGGCCCAUAUCUGACAGUUGCUAGCUCUGGGACCGGAAGUCAUCAUCCCGGCACACCCGGCGGAGGUGCCGUGUUUCCAGGCGCUAUCCAGGGUAGUAUCGGUGAUUUUUCCGGCACCGGUUUGGUUUUUCCAUGGGCGACGAACGCGCGCGGGAAACCACGCCGAGGAAUGAUGAGGAGGGCCGUUUUCUCGGAUCUCCAGCGUCGCGGACUCGAGAAAAGGUUCCAGAUACAAAAGUACAUCAGUAAACCGGAUCGCAAAAAGCUCGCCGAGAAACUGGGCCUCAAAGACUCGCAAGUGAAGAUUUGGUUCCAAAAUCGACGCAUGAAGUGGCGAAAUAGCAAGGAGCGAGAGCUCCUGGCAACCGGUGGUUCGCGCGAACAGACGUUACCGAACAAGAACAAUCCCAAUCCGGACUUGAGCGACGCCGACGGGGAUCGGCCGAGGAUGGAUUUGAGCGACGUGAGUCCGCUUACGAGUCCUCAGAGGCCUGAAGAGCAAACGGAGAACGAGGAGGACGAAGAGAUAAACGUCACGUGAUAAAGCCGCCGGACUCAGCAUUCCGAUGAAGUAGCGAUAACUCAUAAUUUGUGAAUCGAGGAGAAUAUCGGCAGGACCAAAAGAAAAAUUUUAAACAAAACAGAUUUGGUAGGCAUUAUAAUUCAGAGUUUAAAACUUUCAUUUUUGCUAUACGUAUAUUAUUAUCAUUUUAAUAUCGAUUAUAUAUUACCGAUGAGAAAAUAUACAUUUCUUUCUUCUAAUCUCUUUUUAAGACAUUCGGUAUGCUUUACACAGAUCUAAUUUUACAUGCAGAAAUAUAUAUUGUGCAAAGUCUAAGAUCGUUGUUAAUUUUAAUCAUACAUUUUCCAGCUGGCCAAUCUUUUAUUAGCAAUUAUAUUUGCAGAGUAUUGGAUUAUUACAGGGUGUUUUAGAUUCCUUGUACGAAAAGAAUGUUACAAAUUGCAUUAACAUUUCUCCUCAUUUGAUUCUUAUAAUUUCCAAUGAUCAGACAAAUCCAAUUAUCUAAUGAUCAUCGGUGUUUGUCCUUGAAAUAUUUUUUUUCCAUUUUAUAUUACUUGGUUUAUUCUUCUUAACAGCAUAUGUUGUUGGUCUUGAGCAAAAGGAUACGACGAAUGAUGUAUUAUAUUGUAAUUAGCGAUGAAUGUGUACCUUCAAGGAGUCUUCUAUAAGUCAUUGUAUAAGGUUGUAUUAGACAUAACGUUACGAUUCCGGAAAAAUAUGUACCUAAGUCUUUAUUCAUAGACCGCAAUCGCGCGGCCAAAUCCAAAUGUAAUUACAUUCAUUGUGAUUCAAUAUAAUCAAUGUAAUAUAUUGAAAUAAAACUGUCUAUAUGCUAAGUGAUUUACACUUCUAAUAUGAAUGUAUAAAUGAAAUUCCAUGUUUAAUUCAUCAUCUCUUUCUUUCUCUAUCAUCCCGAUUCCACAAAUUUUAAAGGUAAUAAUUUUAGAUUUUCUCGCAAUUCUCAAUGAUUAAGAUUAAGAUGUACGGAAAUCUAAAAAAUUAAUUUUUUAUACAAAAAUUUAUAAUAUAUUUUUUUUAUUCAUAAGAUUUUCAAUACAAAUAUUCUUUUUGCUACACAUUUACUAUAUAUGUAAAUAUUGUACAUAUAUAUAUUAUUUUCUAUAUACUUAUAUAUAUUUAUUUAUUUAAAUGCAUAAAUCUCUUACUAUAUAUUAAAUAAAAAAUAAAAAAUUUAGUCUAUAUAUUCAUGUUGUACAUUCAAGACUAAAUAUAAUAAAUAGAAAUUUUUAUUUCAGGUCGGUUAUUGAACGCUGUAUGACACAUGUAUGAACGCUGUUUUAUAUAUGUAUAUAUAAUAUACAGAUAUGUGCGUGCGAAUAUUUGUAUACACUCAUGUAUGAGUACAUAUACAUAAAAUGAAAAUUUCUAUUUAUCAUAUUUAAUUGAAUAUAUGGUAUGAAUAUAUAAGUAAAAUUUAUCUUUUACUUAAUAUAAAAGUUAUGCACUUAAAUAAAUAAAUAUAUAUAAGCAUAUAGAGUAAUACAAUAUUUAUUAUAUAUGUAUAGGAAAUAUGUAGCAAAGAUUAAUAUAUAUUGAAAAUCAUUAAUUAAAACAUAUAUUAUAGAUUCUUAUAUUCUAUAUGUAUAGGUAGAAAUUUACAUUUUACAUUAGUUGAAUGCGACACAUUUAUAUAUAUAUUAACAUUACUAAAUAUCUGUAACAAAAAUCUCUGA